AUUAUUAAAAAAAAACUAUUAGAAGUGCAUCUUAAAUAGAAGAAAAAGGAAAUUAUUAAAUAGAUAUAUUUAUUACCGGAAUCGAUAACUUCAGUACAAUGGCUUUAGAUAAUCCAUCAUACUUUUCAAUGUCAACGGCAACGAGUGGAGGUGCUACAGCAGUUGCUAGUGGUGUAGGUACCACAAAUCUCAUAAACGUUGGUACAUCGGCAACAUUACCAUCAGCGAAUUCACGUUCAUCAUGCAAAUUUAGUACAUUUUUUGGUACAAUCAAAAAAACAGAUACACCCUUCUCAAAUAAUUUUUCCAAUUCACAAUCUGAACAAUCUGUAUAUCAUCAGAAAACAUCACCAAAAUUAAUAACACCUCCAGCACAAAUCCCACAAACAUUUCUCACACAAAACAGUCAUCGACGUACAAACUCACAAUUAUCGACUGAAGCACGUAUACGUACCGUCUUAUUACGUUCCGUUUCAGCAAAUUCCACGGAAUCGAAUCAAGAACUAUUAAUAUUGGGUGAACCACGCCCUAGUGAUAUUGCACCGUCUACAUCUUUUCAAAAUUUAUUUAAUUUCAAUGAUGACGAUGAUAAUGACGGUAUCGCAAGACAAUCUCCUUGUUCAAAUUCACCGACCACAUCGUUACAAUCGGAUAAUUAUAUCAACUCCAUUUUGAAAUCAUCACGUAAAUCUUCAGACAAUUUAAUUUAUUCCCCGUUACCCACAACGUCUGAUGACAUUUACAGUGCUGAUGAAGAUUCAGUAUUUUUAAAUGAGAAUUCUGUACGAUAUUAUAAUCUUACAUCAAAAGUACAAAGACGUAGACAUUCAUUUGGUGCCGCUUCGUCGGGUGGAUCUUCAUCCAACACAUAUUUUCGUGAUCGAAAAGGUAGUAUUAGUAGUGCUGUAUCGGGUGGAUAUUCUGUGUCUACUAUACGUGAGAUAAAAGACAAUAAUUAUGAAGCGGCAGCUACUGGCUCAGAUGAAACAGAUAGUGUAAUUAUUCAUGCAACUGCGAAUGGUGAAACAAUUAAACCGAUAAUAACGACAAAUAAUGACACUUUAAGUCGUCGUGGAAGCUUGAUUGCUGGUAGUGUUAUCGAUCGAACACAAUCACCAGUGUUAAUUGAUAAUAGUGGCAAUAAUGGACCUUUUGUGCAACGUAACCAAAAGAAAUGUCAUCGAUGUACAACAGUUAAAGGAGGAAUAAAAAUAAAUAAAAUGUGCAACGGAACAGGAAACACGUUGGACGAUAUUGUAAUAAUAUUCAGUCGUGCUUCAGAGGUGGCUGGUUUAUGGGCGCCAUACUUGAGUACAUGCUUUGAUCAAAUCAGUCAACAACGCGCACCAAGACAUCCAUUUAAAGUACUUCAUAUGAGUGUCGAAGAAAUAAACGAUGGUGUCGGUGCAAAUAUGGAAGAACGAUUGGCCACAGUCAAAUUACAAAUAAUUAUUAUUUGUCCAACAUUAAUUAAUACUGUUAACGAUAUUGUAACACAAAAUGGUACCUCAGAAAAGAAUUUGUUUAAUCGUAUAUUUCAACCGGAUCGUACAUUAGGAAUGUUGUUAGGUGUCACGGAUGAUGACAUCACGGACAAACACAAAUCUGUUUUAUCAUGUUACCAUCAUUGGAAACGUAUUGCCGUUAAAGAUCAAGAUCCACAAUUAGUUGGUGAAUUCUUGGACUCAGCAAUGACAAUAAUUAGUCGUAUUGCUCGACAACAAUAUAUUGCUGCACAACAAGAAAAGUCACAAUUUUCUGUUGUUCCAAAAAAGGUCAAAACUGGCCAACGGCGGGUGAUUGUACUACUUAAUGAUCCAUUACAACGUGAUGAUAUUGUGAAAGUAAGUGUUGAUAAAAGCAUUGAAAUGAUUGAAGUCUCAACAGUAAAACGUCGUAAUCCAUAUACAUUACAAUUUUCAAUACCCGAAAGUUGUUUAGAAGUCUCUAUGAUGAUAAAUGUUGUUGUGGAAAAAAAUGGUUCAUUAUUGGGUAGUCAACCAGUCAAAUGUGAAAGUCGUUUACGUGAAUUGGAUCAAUUGCUACGUUCAAACGAUAAUCCAAUUGAAUUUAUGUGCCAGACUCUAGGAUUUUCCAGCACAAAUCAUGAACAAUUAGAUAAUUUUAUGGUGCACGCAUUUCAACGGAAUCUCCCACCUCAUUUUAACUUAUUAAUGCCAUCUGGUUUACCAACUUUAUCACCUACACCAAAAACAACUGCAGAAGAAUAUCCAACACUUUUACAUUUUGCAGCAAAAUUUGGUUUAGAAAAAUUAGCAUGGCAGUUGUUAGAAUGUCCUGGUGGUGAACAAGCCUGUGAAAUAAGAAAUUUCUCAGAAAUGACUCCAGCAGAAAUUGCUGAGAAUUCUGGACAUUUGCGUUUGGCUCAAACUUUACGUGGAUACAUGCAAAUGAAUGAAUUCAGUAAUAUGUAUCACAUGUUAAAAGGUAUGAGUGAAAAAACCGACCACAGCGGAGGCGUAUCAGGGAAGAGUGAUGAAUAUUUACUUCCACGACCAGUCGGUGAAACGUACAGUGUACCUCCAUCAGCGAAACCAUUCUCUCCACCUUCUUCACUGUCAUUACCAAUUACUGGUUACAUGGAAAUGAACUCAAAUGGUGAGCUAGGUAAGCAGUCAUCAGCACACACACCAUCUCCGAAAUCGACACUAUCAAAUCACUCAUUUGGAAUGUUAUCAAACAGUAAUUUAAGUCCCGUACCAACACCAACAAUUCCUCUUGAUAAAUUUCACGAAAUCAAACAAAUGAGUACCAGUCCGAAAUUGACAAAUACAUUACAAAGGAACAAAGAGCAUCAAAUAAAAUGUUCAAAAUCAUCGCAGAAUAUUUUACAAGAAGAUCACGUUCAAGCUGAAUUAGCUGAAAUUAUAAAUGAAUUUAAAAAUAAUGUAUUCACAAUUCAAGAGGUUGAGCAGCUAGUGGAAAAUUGGAAAAAUCGUAAUGAUGUACAACAAUCAUUUCGUGAUAAGCAUGAUGCAUUAAUUAAAAUGCGUGAAGAAUAUGAGCGUAUACAAAAAUUAAUGAAAGAAUCAGAUAAUCAUAAAACAUCAACACCAUUUGACCGAUUGAAAAGAUUCUUCUCACGAAACAAAACGAAAUCUCAUAAUGAUAGCGAAAAUUCAUCAUCUACAAUAAAUCAUCAUACAUCUAGUCAAAGCUCCAGUCAACUUAAAUCAAAUAUUAAAGAUAAUCUUUGUCAAAACCAUAGACCUGUUAGUAGUUUAAGUCAAAGCAGUUCAAGUUCAUCUUCAUCAGCUCGUAUGAGUACCGCCAGCGGUUGUAGCGGUAUUUCUUUUGGUGAUAGCGGAACACAUUCAGAUGUUGAAGAGCGAAAACAUCUAUUCACAUUUCAUUCAAAUUUAGAACAACAUAGCAAUAGUAAUACUCUUGGUGGAAGUUCAAAUUACAAUUAUUUAAUACCACCAGCACCAAAACCGGUAUUUAAAUAUGGUGGUAGUACACCACCAGCACCUGGCAGAAUAUCACCACAAACACCAUGGAAAUUUAAAUCAAUCGAUGAAUCCAAUAAUACAAAUGAAACACGUCCAAAUAAUGAAUACUACAUUCAAUUUCCACCAUCCGGAAUGCCAGUCUCUUCAAAUUUUGAUGGAAAACUGGAUCAAAUCAAAGAACUUGAUUUACAUUUAUCUGAAGAAAGUCUGAUUGAUGAGCCCAUAAAACCACCAUUAGGAACAAAUUCACAAGAAUAUAUCAAUAUAUCAGCGAAAAUAGCACAAAAAGAAUUAUUAGAAGAUAGUAAUGAAGAUUAUUUAAAUGAAGAUGAAAAUGACGUGGAGGAACGUUUAUUACCUGAAUACAUGAAUUUCCAACCAGUUAACUCAAUUAAAAAAAAUAAGUCACUACCUCCAAAUAAACCAAAGAGAAACAAUUCAUAAACAUUAACCAUUUUUAGAUAUCUCAAUAUUUUUACAGUAUUAUUUAUUGAAAAUAAACACAAAUCGUAUAAAAAUGUUUCGAAAUUAUUUUUCCCAACGAUAGCUUUAAGCUCUCUCAAACAUCAUUCUUACACUCAAUGAAUUCUUUGUAAUAAAUAUCUCAUCAUUAAGCAUCAUUUAGAAUACAAAUCAAACGAAAGUAUG